CCACAAUGCACUUCCGAACACCCACAGUAGUUCUUUAGUUGACGGUAAAGGGUUUCUGUGGAAAGCAUCAUGGCCCAAGGAAAGCAGAAAUUUAAAGCACAGCGACCGGGAGGAGUCAAAAACAACAAACAGAAUAAGCAGAAGGGACCCAAGAAAGGAGGGAGAAUCAUUGCCCCCAAAAAAGCCCAAGUGGUACAACAGCAGAAGCUUAAAAAGGGCCUGGAAGUGGCAAUCAGGAACAAGAUCGAGCAGGAGGUGACGCAAAGAGCGAGCUCCUCCCUACACAAGAAGCUGAGCAUCCUUAAAGGCAGCGAGAGACAGAGCUCGGGCCCCCCACGUCCUGCAGCCGCCUCCUCAAAAUAGGAGUUCACCCGCAAUGUCCCACUGCAGCCCACUAAUCAGAAAGGACUGGACACCGAUGGGUGUACUACCUACUUAGGCCACUAUGGGGCAGCAAAAUAUGUAUUGUUAUGCAGAACUGACCAAGUUAAACCAGGGAAAAAUAUUUUCCCCUCUUGUUUCAACAAGAUAACAGGUCUGAUAUUUGUAGUUGAAGAUUGUAAAAUGGCAAAGGCUGUUCUACGAUUCAUGAAUACUGUUGUAUUGCAACACAAGAUUUCUGUCUCUGAAAAAACCUAUUGUGAAAAAAAGUCUGAUUCAGUAAGUGCAUUAUCUCAAAAAUGAUUUCUUAACCACUAAUAAAAUCACCCAUGGAUUCUGGAUAUAAGUGAAUUUUAAUAGAUGCGAAGUAAAUUCAGAACAGUUAAAACAAAUUCAUAAUGCACAAUCCACAGAAUAGAUUUUAAUCACCGAACUGUCACCUGUGUGUGGAUAUUAGCUAUUUCAGUUUAUAAGACACAUUUGAAAUUCAUUACAAUUUCUGUAAGUGUCUUUGUGUAACUGGAGUUAUGUGCUUACACCAAGUAUUUUCUUGGCAAUAAAAAAUGUAAUUCAUCAGAAACAGAGAUUUUAAAAAUACUUUUAUAAAAUUAGCCAACAGUUUUUAUACAGUAAAAGUAUAAUUAUUAGUAGUUUAUUUGAAAAUCAUUUUAUUCAUUAACUUGGUUUGCUCAGUCUCACAAAUUUUGCAAUAUAUUUGAAUGGUUAUAUGUGGUGUUUCUAAUGGUUGCAGUGAUGCAAGCUAUGAAGCUAUGGAAAUCUACUCAUUCCCAUAAUAUAUGACUUUUAAAACGUCAUUUUUGCAUAAUUAUGAACAGUACACUUUUUUUCUUAAAUGUUAUUCAAAAAUAAAAGUUCAUUGUGAUGUA